GAACAGCUGACCUUCGAGGAUGUGGCCAUCACAUUCUCGCAGGAGGAGUGGGAGUGCCUGGUCCCUGCUCAGAGGACCUUGUACAGGGAUGUGAUGUUGGAGACCUGCAGGAACCUGCUGUCCGUGGAUAAAUGUGAUGUAUGUGGGGAAGUUUUUUGUUUUCAUUCAAAACUUGCAAGACAUCAGAGAACUCCUAGUUGUGACAGGUCUUACAAGUGUAAUUUGUGUGGCAGGGUCUUCAAUCAUAAACAAGCACUUGGGAGUCACAAGAGAAUUCAUACUGGAGAGAAACCUUACAGGUGUAAUGAGUGUGGCAAGGGCUUUACUCACGUCGGAAAUCUGGCCAAGCAUGACAGGAUUCAUUCUGGAGAGAGACCUUACAAAUGCAGUGGGUGUGGCAAGGGCUUUUGUGAGAGAUCACAUCUCAGACAACAUCAAGUCAUCCAUUCAGGAGAAAGACCAUAUAAAUGUGACGUCUGUGGAAAAGGCUUUACUCAAAAUGCAUCGCUUGCACUUCAUCAGAGAAUUCAUACUGGAGAGAAACAUUUUAAAUGUAAUGAGUGUGGCAAAGUCUUUGGCUGUAAAGGAAAUCUUGCAGUUCAUCAGAGAACUCAUACUGGAGAGAGACCUUUCAAAUGUGCUGAAUGUGGCAAGGUCUUUCCUUAUAAAAAAACCCUUAAAAGCCAUCAGAGAAUUCAUACUGGAGAGAAGCCUUAUCAAUGUAGUGAGUGUGGCAAGGAAUUCAGCUGUAAAUCAACCCUCAAAAGUCAUCACGGAAUUCAUACUGAAGAGAGACCUUAUAAAUGUAAUGAGUGUGGCAGGGCUUUUCAUCGCAAAGGAGGGCUUACGAACCAUCAGAGAAUUCAUACUGGAGAGAAACCUUUCAAAUGUAAUGAGUGCAGCAAGGUUUUUAGUACAAAAACAAACUUGAACACUCAUCAGAGAAUUCAUUCUGGACAGAGAC